CUACUUAAUCUCACUUUUCUCCCACAGAAUACACAAAUCAACACAAUGGCAGCAUGCCUGAAGCCACCUAGACUAUCCAGCACAGAAGAUGACUCUUUGAUACUCUUUUCAACUUCUAAUUCUCCUGAAGAGUCCAAUAGUCCUUCUUCCUCUUUCUACCAUUCACCACCAACAUCACUUCAUCAAUUCAGAACUGCAAACAAACUUUCUGUGAGAAAUCUCUCCUACACUUUGCUUCCUCACAAGACCACUCCCUUAUCAUUUUUCCACCUGACUCAAAACCCAAAGCCUGUAAACAUACUCAAGUCAGUCUCUUUUGUUGCCAGAAGUUCUGAGGUUGUUGCUGUUGUUGGUCCUAGUGGCACAGGAAAGUCUACCCUUCUGCGAAUCAUUUCCGGAAGGGUAAAAGAUGAAGAUUUUGAUCCUAAAAGUGUCUCAAUCAAUGAUCAGCCUAUGACUAGUCCAGCUCAGUUGAGGAAGACAUGUGGCUUUGUGGCACAAGUGGACAAUUUGCUUCCCAUGCUAACAGUCAAAGAAACUUUGAUGUAUAGUGCAAAGUUUAGGCUAAAAGAAAUGACACCAAAGGAUAGAGAGAGGAGGGUAGAAAGCUUGUUGCAAGAGCUAGGCCUUUUUCAUGUUGCAAAUAGUUUUGUUGGGGAUGAAGAGAAUAGAGGGAUAUCCGGUGGAGAGAGGAAAAGGGUGUCUAUUGGAGUUGAUAUGAUUCACAAUCCUCCAAUUUUGCUCCUAGAUGAGCCAACAUCAGGUCUAGACAGUACUUCAGCUUUGCAAGUCAUAGAGCUUCUGUCAUCAAUUGCUAAAGCAAAGCAAAGGACAGUGGUUCUUUCAAUCCACCAACCCAGCUAUAGAAUAUUGCAGUAUAUUUCCAAGUUCUUGAUCCUCUCUCAUGGUUCAGUUGUUCAUAAUGGUAGCCUAGAACAGCUAGAGGAAACCAUAAGUAAACUGGGAUUUCAAAUUCCAACACAACUGAAUGCUUUAGAGUUCUCCAUGGAAAUUAUACGUGGGUUGGAAGGUUCUGAUUCCAAAUAUGACACUUGCACCAUUGAGGAAAAGGAGCCAUUUCCAAACCUCAUGUGGCCAGAGGAAGAAAACUGUGGAGUCCAAAUUCUCCGAUCACAAUGUAACAAGGAAAGUUAUGGCAGUCUUUGUUAUGCAAACUUGAUUGAGAUAUUGUUUCUCUGCUCAAGAUUUUGGAAGAUCAUCUAUAGAACAAAGCAGCUUUUCCUGGCCAGAACAAUGCAAGCACUAGUUGGUGGCUUUGGGCUAGGAAGUGUUUACAUAAAGAUAAGAAGGGAUGAAGGAGGAGCUGCUGAAAGGUUAGGUCUAUUUGCAUUUAGUCUUAGUUUUCUCCUCUCUUCUACAGUUGAAGCACUUCCAAUAUACCUUCAAGAGAGGAUUGUUCUGAUGAAAGAAGCCUCAAGGGGAGCCUAUAGGAUUUCCUCUUACAUGAUAGCCAACACAUUUGUCUUCCUUCUAUUCUUGUUUGUGGUAUCUAUACUUUUUGCUGUUCCUGUGUAUUGGCUUGUAGGACUAAACCCUUCCCUUUCUGCCUUCACCUUCUUCACUUUAGUGGUUUGGCUCAUUGUGCUCAUGGCAAGUUCUUUGGUACUCUUCUUAAGUGCAGUAUCUCCUGAUUUCAUUUCAGGUAACUCCCUCAUCUGCACAGUUCUUGGAGCCUUCUUCCUCUUCUCUGGAUACUUCAUACCAAAGGAGAGCAUCCCAAAGUAUUGGCUUUUCAUGUACUAUGUGUCUCUCUAUAGGUACCCUUUGGAUGCACUCCUCACAAAUGAGUAUUGGAAUGUUAGAAAUGAGUGUUUCUCACAUCAAAUAGAGGGAUCACAGUGUCUGAUCACUGGAUUUGAUGUGUUGAAGAGUAGAGGACUCGAAAGGGAUAACAGGUGGAUGAAUGUGGGAAUAAUGUUGGGAUUCUUUGUGUUUUAUCGUGUGCUUUGUUGGAUAAUACUUGCACGAAAGGUCUCCAAGACAACAAUAUAGCAAGAGUUCCAAAGACAACAAUAUAGCUUACAUCAAUUAGUUAUUACUUGAAAACAAAACAUUGGCUUCAAAGACUUCAUUAGAGUUCACUGUUCACAUAAAGUAGUGCACGUAUGACAGAAUAGGCCUUGUACUCAAAACCAAUCACUUUCAAGUUUCAAGCACUAUUAGUUUUAUGAAAUGGUGAAAUUCUAUGCUACAAAUUUAUUCUAGGAAUAUGCGAAUAUAUGUCUUCCCACUUCUCAUAAUCA